GCUCUGUAGCUGCACACACACACACACCCCCACACCCAGUUACGCUUUCCCUGCCUCUCCGCUCAGGAUUUAUUGCCCUCUCCACCACCCACCCCCCCCGACCCCGGGAGCAGAACCAGGAGUUGUUGUCCGAUGUGAGCCGGCUGUGGGCUCCCCCUCUCCCUGGGCUUGAGUCACUGGGCUGUGCGGCUGCGAUGAGCCGGCCGGAGCUGCCCCAGCCCCAGCCCCGGGAGCGGGAGCGCUGCCUGCCCCGCGCCUUCCUGCUCAGCCUGCGGACCCUCUUCGACAUCCUGGACCAGGAGGGUCGGGGCUCGGUGGACCUGCGGGAGAUCGAGAGCCGCUGGCGGGGGGAAGGCAGCCGGGAGCCGGCGCUGCCGCCCGGCCUCAUGCCUUGCCUCCGCCGAGUGGCAGCGCCCAGCGGCCAGCUCACCUUCCCCCGCCUGUUGGCCGGCAUCAGGACGGCGCUGCAGCAAGAGACCGAGAGCCCGGGUCCGGGAGGCGGGCAGGAGCAGCGGCCAGCCCUGGGCACCUCCCAGCACAGAGACCCGGCGGGGAAAGGGGCCGAGAGACUGGCGACAGACAACAGGACGUGGGCGAAAGACCACGAGGGCACGGGAAUCAGCCGCUCCCAGAGCAUUGCCACCUCCAUUGCCCGGGGUGCCCUGCACAGGAGCUGCCAGGGCCGUAACGAACCCAGGCGGCACACCAUAGCCAACGGCAUUGACUAUGACAUGUUGAAGCAGAUGAAGGAGCUGGAGCGUGAGCGUGAUGCCCUCUUGCAUGGGCUGGAGGUGGUUGAGCGGGCACGGGACUGGUACCAUCAGCAGAUCCACGCUGUGCACCAGAGGCAGAAGCAUGUCAGGCAGGGCUACGGAAACAAAGAUUACUUCACUGAUCCGCACCAGAAUCGAGCCUACCUUCUAUUGGCUAAGAUCCAGGAAGUGAACUGCUGCCUCAGCGACCUCAUUUCCUCCUCCGGAAAGCUGCCAUUCGUUCACCACCACACCAAUGGCUUUGGAUCCCCCCUGAAGGUGAUGGGGUUCCAAAGGCAGCCAAUCAGCUCGUUGAAAGAACAGAACCAUCUGUUAACCAAGGAGCUGUCCAUGAAGAGUGAACGCAUCACCAUCUUAGAGCAGGAGAAGACUUCUCUGAUCAAGCAGCUGAUUGAGGCCCGAGAACAAGGCCAUCUGAAUGCCAGCUCCAAGGACCCGAGCAUCACCUAGCCUGCUGGUGUCCUGUCACUGCCUGGCUCUUUACUGGGGAAGAACAGAGGCUUUAUAAAGACUUCCUUUGCCCCGGACCUCCUGCAGACAAGAUCACGCAAGCCUUGUUCCCGGUCACAAAUAGGACAGCGCUUCGACAUUCCAGCAUUCCACGGUUCUGGAGAUUGGAUGGAAGUUUGCUCAGUUCUACCCCAUUUGGAAUGAGGAAAUUGAGCAAAAUAUGGGACCGCAAGCAAGCACCGAACCGUUGGGAUGAGCUCAAGCAAUAUUCUUCUUUUACAGGGAUCUGAUUUAAAAAAUGGACCUUUGACAUUGCUUCUCAACUUUGACCUUUGAAAGGUCAGGCCAGGUCCAGCUUAUAUGCAAUAACUCUUUUUUGUUUAAUCAGGACGCCGAUCUAUU